UUUUCCAGGCAGUUUUUGCUCCAAGAUAACAUCACAGAUAUGAAACGAUGGAUACUUGUCUCGUGUCUAUUAGAAAUAUGCUCUGCUAUGCCGUAUGCUCGGCAUUACACCUAUGCUGAUCCAUUCCAUAUUUGGAUGCACAAUUUCCUUCCGUCGCAUUCAUCACCGCCUUAUUGGGGCAAGCGAAGACUUCAUGAUCAUGAUACCCAACAGUAUGAAUAUACGAUGCCAGUGCACCCUCCUCCUCUGCCAUCACAGCAAACUCCCCUUCAGCAACCUGCAAUACACGAGCAAUUUCCCUUCCUACUGACAAACCAUAUUCCAUUUACUACAAGGCAAGUUCAACUCCAACAGUAUGAUAUACAGCCGCCAUUCCAGCAGAAAUCGUUUCCCCAGACGGAAGGACAUCACCCAGUGGUUCAACAACAGAUGCCACUAGACCGGCAAAUGCAACAGUUACCAUUUCAAGAAUACUCGGGGACAUUGGGUCAUGCAUUCUACCCAAGUUUGCUUGGAGCCCCACAGGACCCAGUGCAGCAACCACAGCAACGAUCUAUUUAUCCCAGUUUGUACUAUCUGCCUUAUGUAGCAAACCAAGGAGCCUCUCCUGCCAGAUUAGGAAUAGUAAGCUCAGAAGAAAUGCAGGGCGGUGGGCUUGGUGCACCGGCUUAUCGAGCCAUGAGUCCAGAUCUCUUUUCUAUGGGUGCUGGAUUUGGAAACCCACCACCGAAUAGACUAGGCCAGCCAGGUGAUUACACUGUAGAAGACGACCAGCUUGGAAUCACAGAACAGCCUGAUGUUCAAGGAGGCGCUAACCAGGCCGCGAACCCUCCGGGCAAUGGGAACAACCCCGGAGGUGCUUUGUCCAACCCCAACGGCAACCUGAUGAACCCCGCCGGGCAGAGUAAAGGGCCUGCAGGCAUCCCCCAAGCGACUAUAAGCCCACUGGCGACUCAAGGCUUCCCCGACAGCUUCAUCCCUUUCGAGGCUGACACUCCUAUGCAGCUGGAUCCCACCUUGUCCCCCGAUGUCAUAUACACACCCCAGACAGGAAUUGAGGCCGGCCAGCCACAAAUCGGUCAAGAUGGAUGGCAUUUUCAAGAACCCUGA